AUGAAGUCUGUUCCAAAACAGAAACCCUGGAUCGACCCGUACGCUCUGCCCAAAAGUGGCGACAUCUCCCACGUCGAAGGCAAUGUCUCAAAUGAAAUCAAACAGCUUGUUCAGAAUACUUUUGUGGCUUACGGUAUAGGUGACGACGACUGUUUUGCCGCUGCGGCAGGGAGGCAGGCUAGGUUUAAGGAGGUGAGGGUGAGUAAGAAGAGGCUUGUGGCGGGGAAAGAGAAGGUGGAUUGUACGACGGUCUGGGAGGCGAUUGUGACGAAGAGUAUGGUCAACGGAGCCGGGAUGUUGCAUGGAGGAUGCAUUGCAUACUUGGCUGACAACACACCAUUACUCGUCCUUGGUUUCCUACAAGAUGUCAACGGAGUCGGUGUCACUCAGGGGUUGAGCAUCUCAUAUCACUCUCCCGCACCUAUUGGUACAUGCUUGCGAAUAGAGAGCAAUUCUAUCGCCCUUGGCAGUAGGAUCAUGGCCGCACGAUGCGAGAUGACAGACAAGAAGACGGGAAGAGUAGUUGCUUCGGCUCUCUUGAACAAGAUGCAGCCUGUACCGGCGAAAAUGUAG